AGAAAAAAACUCAUAAGCUGACGACUUUCACAUUUCAGCCCUAUUUUACACACACAACACACAGUUCGAAAGUGGAAAUUUUACGACGGAAUCUGCAGCUCCCUACCUUUUUCGACUGCUGAAAAGCUAACAAGGCUGCUCUGAAUCGACGAUUUGAUCCUCAUUUGUUAAGGAUUUAGUGGAUAUUCCGCCAGGAUGAUGUACUCCGCUCGGGUUGCGCAUCACGCUAGGAAGAUCAGACAAACCCAUAACCUUAUACGGGGUCGGACAAUCCAUGUAUGCUCUUCUGCAAAUGAUGUGGGAUCGGUUGUCAAAUCAGACGAUAUUUCAAGACAUUGUGGUCUUGGAGCCAUCGACAAGAAUGGCAUUCGAAAGUUCUCCAGUAUGCGUUCUUUCAGCCCUAAUUAUGUGCCAGUCAGCAGAAUGAUGACGUAUGCUGUAAAAAUGAGCAAUGGAAAUUCUUUCUGGGCAGCCAGAAGUCCUGCACCAGCAAUAGGCGUGAACUAUAACAGCCAAUCUGAAAGAAGGCCCAGACAAUUUUCAACAGAUUCAGGUCUUCCGCCUCACUUUGAAAUUGGAAUGCCUUCUCUCUCACCUACAAUGACAGAGGGUAAUAUUGCGAGGUGGUUGAAGAAAGAGGGUGAUAAAAUUUCUACUGGAGAAGUGCUUUGUGAAGUGGAAACUGACAAAGCAACAGUAGAAAUGGAAUGCAUGGAGGAAGGUUAUCUUGCAAAAAUCUUGCGUGGGGAUGGAUCAAGUGGGAUUAAAGUUGGUGAGAUAAUUGCCAUAACUGUUGAAGAAGAGAGUGAUAUUGCUAAAUUCAAGGACUAUAGUCCAGCAUCAGAUGCUGCGCCAGCACCCCCGCCCAAAGAGACGUCUGCUCCAACUCCACCAAAAGAAGAAGUGUCACAAGCGUCUUCCGCUCCAGCAGAGCCCAAAGUUUCCAAGCCUAGUGCGCCUUCUGCAUCUGGAGAUCGUAUUUUUGCCAGUCCACUUGCCAGAAAACAAGCGGAAGAUCAUAAUGUAUCUCUUGCAAACAUCAGAGGAACUGGUCCUGAUGGACACAUUGUCAAAGCAGAUAUUGAAGAUUAUCUUGCUUCACCUUCAAGUGGUAAAGAAGUUUCACAAGCUCCUAAGGCUGCUACCGCAACAGCUGCUGGUUUAGAUUACACUGACAUCCCACACUCGCAGAUCAGAAAGGUGACAGCAGCGCGAUUAUUGCAGUCCAAACAAACAAUCCCACAUUAUUACCUGACUGUAGAUACAUGUGUUGACAAGCUUAUGGAAUUGCGUUCCCAGCUAAACUCAUUGCAAGAAGCUUCAGGUGGGAAAAGAAUUUCAGUUAACGAUCUUGUUAUUAAGGCUGCUGCCCUGGCCCUUAAAAAAGUCCCUCAGUGCAACAGUUCAUGGACCAAUGAUUAUAUUCGCCAGUUUAACAAUGUGAAUAUUAAUGUUGCUGUGCAGACAGAAAAUGGACUGUUCGUGCCUAUAGUUAGGGACGCUGACAAGAAAGGCCUAUCAAGAAUCUCUGAGGAAGUUAAGAAUUUAGCUCAAAAGGCCAAAGAAAACAGCUUGAAGCCAGAAGAUUAUGAGGGUGGUACGUUCACAGUAUCAAACUUAGGUGGUCCUUUUGGCAUCAAGCAAUUUUGUGCCAUUAUAAAUCCACCCCAAGCUGGCAUUCUCGCAGUUGGCUCAGCUGAGAAAAGGGUGAUUCCUGGCGCUGGCCCUGACCAGUUUAAGUUUGCUUCAUUCAUGUCCGUGACACUGAGCUGUGAUCACCGGGUCAUUGAUGGUGCCAUCGGAGCAGAAUGGCUUAAGGCGUUUAAAGGUUACAUUGAGAAUCCAGAGACGAUGUUGCUUUAAAUAGUGAAUGCCAUCCUUCUGCUUCGACCAUAGGUGAAGAAGGGUUGGAUACAUUCAGAUCCUUUUUUGUUUUAGAAGAAUUUUAUACCAUCUCUUUUCUUUUCAUUCACUAUGUGGCUAACAUAUGCUCGAAUAAUCGACCAAUUUUUGCUAAUGUAGAGUGUAGAAAUCUACCCAGCAUGAUAUGAUUUCCUGGCCAUAGACUCCUCUGCCUUCUUGAACAUACAUCUGAAGAAAAUAAAAUAUUUCUGACCACCCUUUCAUCUGCUUUCCAUGUAUUGUUAACAACAUUAUGGAAUGAAAUUGAUAUGUUGUGAGAUUA